AAAUAGAGAAAUUAUUAUUAUGGCUUCCCACUAAACGGCCACGUGGACACCAAAAAAAGAGAGCAAGAGUAAUAAUAACAUCAUCUUCCUGAAGCGUGAACGCCACUCGUUCAAUUCCAUCGCGUCGAAAUCGGGGCAGAAAUCAUACCUUCGCCAACCCCUUCUUUUACGAUCACGAUUAUUUAUUUCCUCUCUCCCAUUUACCACACACACACACACACACACAUCACCGAAAAAAGAAAUAAAAAACUUUUUCUUUUUUGUUGUUGUUGUUGUUCUUCCCUCCGUCGCGAGAAAGCAUCGAAUCGAAUCGAAAACAAUGUCGUGGCAGACUUACGUCGACGAUCACUUGAUGUGCGAGGUGGAAGGCGCACAUCUCGCCGCCGCCGCAAUCAUCGGCCUCGACGGCAGCGUUUGGGCUCAGAGCUCCGCCUUCCCACAGUUCAAUAAGCAAGAGAUGGAUAACAUUGUGAAAGAUUUUGACGAGCCUGGAUUCCUUGCUCCUACCGGAUUAUUCCUUGCAGGCGCAAAGUAUAUGGUUAUUCAAGGAGAACCCGGUGCUGUUAUUCGAGGAAAAAAGGGGUCCGGGGGUAUAACCGUCAAGAAAACAGCGCAAGCUCUCGUAUUCGGGCUCUAUGAAGAGCCGAUGACUCCAGGUCAGUGCAACAUGGUCGUCGAGAAGUUGGGUGACUACCUUCUUGAUCAGGGCCUUUAGGCCAAUUUUGAGUAUCCGCAUCGUUGCAUUUUCCAAACCUUGCAUGCCGAAUUUGGCCAAUAAGGUUUUUUUUUUUUUUGGAGGAUAACAAUAAUCGAUGACAGUAUUAGAGAGAUUUUUUUCUGUUUUUCUUUUGUAGUAGGGUUUUUUAUUUGAUUCGAAAGUGUGAUCAGAUGAUCUGGCUUGUUUGUUUGUUACCGGUGGUGCUGCUUUUUGCAUCAGCUGAAGUCUGAACUAAAAUGGCUGAUGAGUUUCUCUCUCAUUGCCUCUUAUCUCUCUCUCUCUCUCUCUCUCUCAAUUUCUCUCUAGUAUAUGUUCAUUAUUCAUUGUUGUAUUUUUUUUUUCAUUAAUUUUUCAGAUGUAAACUCUGGCACAUUGUUAUAUUUACUGUUUGUUUUGGGAAA